AUGGCCGACGACAAAUUCGAUCAUGUGGACGUCGUCCGCGACCAUGAUGUCCUCGGUGAUAAAGCUACCAUGACUCGUGAAGAUGUCAUGCACUUUGGAGCUCUCACUCCCGAGGAGCUUGAGAUCGAGAAGAAGCUGCAACGCAAGAUCGAUAUGAGAAUAAUGCCAAUGGUCGUUCUGGUCUAUUUGAUGAACUAUAUCGAUCGAAACAACUAUGCUGCGGCACGAUUACAGGGCCUUGAGGAAGAUCUUGGCUUGAAGGGAGAUCAGUAUCAACUCGGCGUUCUCUUUUAUCUGUCCAAAUGGUAUACAAAGAAAGAACUCAACCUACGGAUGUCCAUCUUUUAUUCAGGCUCUUUGAUUAGUGGAGCUUUUGGUAACCUGAUUGCUGCUGGUAUUCUGAAGGGUCUUGCCGGUAAACGUGGAAUCUCUGCCUGGCAAUGGCUCUACAUUAUCGAAGGAGUCAUCACCAUCGCCAUUGGCAUUCUGAUCAUGUUUGUCCUUCCUGAUUUCCCAGACACCUGGAAAUCCCUCUCGCCCGAAAUGAAGCACGUUGCCAACCGACGUUUGGCGAUCGAGGCAGCCGAGGCCGACGUUGACGAGGCAGGCGCCAUGUCACAAGUCCGGGGUCUUAAAUUGGCGCUAACAGACUCGAGUACCUAUAUGCUCGCGAUCGCAUAUAUGGCUAUCACCGGAGCUGCUGGGUUCCAGAACUUCUUCCCCACUCUGACUGGUACUCUUGGCUACUCGCGUAUUAUCUCCCUCCUUCUCUGCGCGCCGCCUUACGUCUUUAUCUUCUUCUACUCAUUCAUCCACUCUGUGAUCUCCGAUCGCAUGGGCAACCGCUUCUGGUUCUUCAUGUAUCCCAUUCCGGUCACGAUCGUUGGCUGGGUGAUCUUCAUGACGACCGACAGCUUCGGCCCGCGCUACUUUUCCUUGUUCCUGAUGGUGUUCAUUUUCGCCAUGAACGGAACCUGUUACGCAUGGAUCGCUGGUGCAAUUCCGCGUCCCCCGGCUAAACGCGCUGCAGCAUACGCCUUCAUCAACUCCAUUGGUAACUCCGCUAGUAUCUGGACUCCAUUCACCUACCGUACCCAGGACAAGCCGCACUACCGUUUGGCCUUGGGUAUCUGUAUCGGACUUCAAGUUGUUGCUGCUUCAAUGGGUCUCGCUAUGCGCAUCAAGCUCACUCGCCAGAACAAGCGUCUCGAGCGUCUAGAGGAUGAAGAUCAACCACUCAGCGAGCGCGAUCUCAAGAAACUGCAAAAGACCGCCGAGAUCGAGGGUAUCGAUGUCGCCGCCGCUAGGAGACUGCAGAAGGGUUAUCGCUACAUGAUCUAG